ACUGACUAGUUGAACAAAGUUACAAAACAUGGCUUAACUACCUCAUCAGCAUAACAUUUUCCCACUUUCUGAAGAAACUGUGGAAGUAGGCACUUCACAAUUUGGGCGCAUUUCCGGACGAUUAAAGUAUCGGCGCGUGGACCUUUUUGUCCUUUUACUCUAACUACCACCACCGUCAUCCUCCCCCAUCGCUGCCGUAAAGCCGUCUAAGGCGGUAGCGUCGCUGCCUUUAGCAGGGCGCCGCACCCACUGUCGGCGUCAAGCAAAUCUCCCCUUCUCGCCGCUGUCUCUCUCGCAAUGCGAAUGCUGGGAGCCCUCUUCGCCGCCUUUGCUGUCCUCUGCUCUUCCUUCAUCGCUUUCUCCGCCACAGAUUCGGACUUCCUAGUACGAAACGACGCUUUAAAUGGGAGCGUGGAAUUCAACACUUCUUCGGAGGCGAGAUCUGGCGACGAUAGCCUCGCGGGCUAUAUUGAUCGAGCUCUGGAGAAGGAAUUCAAUGAGACCAAUGACCAGUCCAGUGCAGUUGAUCAGGGGAGCUUCAACAAUAGUGUUGCAGAGCAGCAGGCAGUCCUUGAAACUGUGGCUCGGGUCAAGUCAAAAAAGAAUGAGACAAAAGAAGAAAAGGGAUUUCAGCUGCACGAUGUUUUCAACUUGGAGGACAAUGGAGCAGAUGAUACGCCAACAUUGAUAGAUCAAAAGGACAAUGUCUUUAUCAUGUCCAACCCGAAGUCAAAAUUUCCUGUUUUGCAGCUAGAUUUAAGAUUAAUAUCAGAUCUUGUUGUUGUUAUUGUAUCUGCAACUUGCGGUGGUAUUGCCUUUGCUUGUGCUGGACAACCGGUUUUCACUGGGUAUUUGCUAGCUGGGUCCAUAAUUGGACCCGGAGGAUUAAACUUUGUUAGUGAAAUGGUUCAAGUAGAAACAGUUGCCCAAUUCGGCGUCAUUUUUCUUCUUUUUGCAUUGGGAUUAGAGUUUUCCACAGCAAAGCUUCGUGUUGUUCGAGCUGUUGCUUUGUUAGGGGGGUUACUCCAGAUAUGUCUCUUCAUGUGUUUGUGCGGAAUAACAGCCUUGUUGUGUGGCGGAGAAGCAUCUGAGGGUGUUUUUGUUGGUGUCUUCUUGUCAAUGUCCUCAACAGCAGUGGUGUUGAAAUUUUUGAUGGAAAGAAAUAAUAUCAGUACCAUAUACGGACAAGUUACCAUUGGAACACUUAUUCUACAGGAUUGUAUGGUAGGUUUGCUAUUUGCACUGCUUCCAAUUCUGGGUGGUACUUCUGGUGUUAUUCCCGGGUUGAUGUCCAUGGCGAAAAUAUUGAUGACUUUGGCAACAUUUUUAGUCAUUUUGUCAAUAUUCUGCCGGACAUGUGUGCCUUGGUUUCUUAGGCUGAUGAUAGGCCUAUCAUCACAGACUCAUGAACUAUAUCAGCUAGCAUCUGUUGCUUUCUGCUUGCUUGUUGCAUGGUGUAGUGAUAAGCUGGGUCUCAGCCUUGAAUUGGGAUCUUUUGCUGCUGGAUUGAUGAUAUCAACAACUGAUCUGGCUCAACAUACACUUGAUCAGGUAGAGCCAAUUCGGAACUUCUUUGCGGCUCUGUUUUUAGCCAGUAUUGGGAUGCUUAUCCAUGUGCACUUUCUAUGGAGUCACAUCGAUAUCUUACUGGCAGCUGUUAUUUCGGUAAUUGUCUUCAAAACUGCCGUGGUUGCCAUAGUAGUCAAGUGUUUUGGUUACAACAACAAGACUUCACUUCUUGUUGGAAUGUCUUUAGCACAAAUCGGGGAGUUUGCGUUUGUUCUUCUGAGCCGUGCUUCAAAUUUUCAUCUGGUUGAGGGGAAAUUGUAUAUGCUUCUUCUGGGUACAACAGCUCUUAGCCUGGUAACAACCCCUUUAUUGUUCAAACUGAUUCCUGCUGUAGUGCAUCUUGGAGUUCUGCUGCGGUGGUUUUCUGCAGAUAUCCCUAUCGAGAUUGGAUCUAAAGGAGAUAAUAGCACGCGAUCAGACAGUGCCAAGCGUAUUACAGUCGUGGUCCAAGGCUCCAUUGUCCGUGAUACUAUGCAAUAAACUCAACAUUUAAAAAGAAUUACCGAUUCAGUAGAUGCAAAUCUCAGAUUUUGCCUAAUGCCAUUGCUACGCUGGGGGAACAGGUGACCAAGACUGCUAAGCAAGUGGACUGAGUGGACCCCGUCUUAUGUGAAUAUAUAUAUUUGAAGGCUUACCGAAAGUGCCGAGCAGCCCGAUCUGAGGGUGCGAAUGGAAGUUGGAGAGAAAUUGUACACGACUUCUCUAACUCUGAGUUGCAAUUGUUAAUACUUAUCAUCUCCUUCCAUUUUGUUUCCUAGUAUGAAGCACUCGAUUGAUGUAAAUAGCUCAGUAGUCUUUCUUACCAUUAUGUUUGGACUAGCUUCUGCAAUGACUGAUGUUUUUUAUUUAGAUUUACUUUUAAUCUCAACUUCAAUGCACAUUUGCACACUACCGUCUAGCCGUCUAGGCGUCUACGUAUCUUGAAGAAAUAGUAUUUUUUUUAUUUAUGAUGCC